AUGUCCGAACUUGAGCUUCUUCGGAUGCAGGCAAAUAAGAAAACCGAUGAAUCCUUAGAAAGCACAAGAAGGAUGGUCACCAUGGCUGAAGAGAGUCACCAGAUGGGGGCUGCGACAAUGGAACAGCUCUACCAUCAGGGACAGCAACUCGAUCGCGUCAACGACCACAUGGAUAACAUCCACGAGGACAUCAAACAAACGGAAAAGCAUCUAGAUGACCUCGAGAAGUGCUGUGGACUGUUUGUUCUACCGUGGAAACGGGUCAAGCGCCCAGGCAACUCAAAGAACUUUAAACCGCGCGAAUACACGGCCCCACAGCCGACAGUUCAGCAGCCCGGUAAAUUUGGAUUUGGCAAGAAAGCGCCAGCCGGUGACUUUUCCAAACCCGAUGGCCCCUUCAUCCAGCGCAUCCUCGAUGACGAUCGGGAGACGGAAAUGGAGCAAAAUCUGAACCACGUGUCAAACAUCGUCGGUGAACUCAAAACGAUGGCGGUGGAUAUGAACCAGGAGAUCGCCAUUCACAACCAGAAGUUAGAUGUCAUUGGCGCGAAGACUGAUGAUAACAAAAUACGGCUGACUGCAGCCCAAUCGCAGGCCACUAGGAUCGUGGGAAAACCUGCGAGUCAAUCAUCGGACUCCCUCAUUCCCAAGCCCGGUUUGGGCACGGCUUCCAAAUACAUGGUCAACCAGGCUAUGAACUGUCGGUUGGCUGUCCCCCUUCUUGUCCUCCUUCAUUUCCUUCCUAAUCAAUGUGGAGGCAUUCCAAUCAAUGGCGUGUGCGUUGUCGCAGGCUACUCCAUCACACCAGGGGUCCUCGCACACUCGAUCUGGGUGUUUCGCUGUGCACUUCUUCCUACAACCCAGUAUCCAAUCAGGGCACACUUUCUUGCUUUCUCCCCUCACUCUCUUAUCCACGACUCCCAUUGGCUGCUUGGACUCGAAGUGACUCAUGAGCUGUUCGAAGUAGACAAAGGGUCGCACCUGCACGUACGCAAAGUCCUCCUUACACACAGGGCAUCUGCGUAUUGUGGAGGGGUGAUCUGGCGUGCUGAAGAGCUUGUCUAUGCAGCCUCUGCAGUAGUGGUGGUUGCACGGCAACGUGACUGGCUUCGUGAAGGUGUCCAGGCAAAUGAGGCACUCGGAGAUGUCGGAAAAGUCAUUCUUCGAGAUCGUGUAGUAGUCGCCCUUAGAAGUCGCCAUUUGCACGAAAUGAAACCAGCCGAAAUCGGGGCCACAGACGCUGAACUCCUUGAUUUCCUCAACGAUCCUACUCCGGUGGAGAAGGAGGCGUCCGCCGUCACUCCAGUGACCUCCACCGGACGUUCCACACUCGCUUCUUUCCAACCACCGAAGGCGUCACCCGGGCAGCCGCAGUGUGUUGAUCCAGUCACCGAAAAUCGUCUGCUCCACAACGAGGUCGCGUCGCUGAACCAAGAGAUCGCCAACCUCGUGAAGCGCAACAGACGGGCAGAACAGGAGUCGCAGUUUCGAAUGCGCGAGGUCGAGUCCCUGCGUGUCCACGUACAGUCGCUGCAGGACCGUCUUAAGGAAGUCCAGCGCAUUCGAUCGGCGAGUGGAGAUAUCGGCUCGAACACACAGACCGUCAGGAAACUGGAGUCGCAGGUGAAAAAGCUCACAGCAACUCUCGACCAGACGAAGCAGGCUCUGACGGAAAGCGAAAGCAAGGCGAGCGAGACGCUCAAAUUGGUCGACAUUUCAGCCGGGCGAAUCGAGCAGCUGCAACAGGAGGUGUCGUGCGCUGUGCGCUCUCUCACCGCGUACAAGGAGAAGGCAGCCGCUGUUCUAGCCGACAAGGAAAAGGCACGUCAACUUCGGUCCCCUUCUUCUCCUUUUGCUCGUUGUGUAGUCAUCUCGGACCUACGACAGCAGAUCUCCGGUGGUCCACCGACGUCGCCUUCCACUGAAGACGCGUCGGCACCAGACGUGGCGGCUGUACAGGCCGAGUUGCAGCAUCUGCGCGAGGAAACACUCUCUUUGCGCCAGGAGGCAGACAAGCGCCUCCUCGCCGCCACGGAAAUGGAGGAGCAGGCCUUCGAGGAGCACGCUUCCCUCCGGCGAACCAUCGGCCUGCUGGAGCAACAACUCCAGCGUGAGAAGGAGUUGAGGAAUGAGGCCGACGCGGAAAUACUAGACCUGCAGAGACGUCUAGGUAGCGAAGAACAGCGCGUGGCACGCGUGAAGACGGAUCUGCAGUCGGCUGAGGCGGAGCUAGCACGGAUGCGGAGGGUUUUGGCGGAGGGCGGCGGUGGUGGUGGUGGCAGUGCCUCCGCCUCCCCCGUCGCUUCCAGCCGAAACGGCGCCGCAGCGUCGUCCGCGGACGCCGAACAGAUCCUCGCCAUGGAGGCACGAAUCCGCCAGCUCAGCGACAGCCUGGUCACCAAGCAGGACGCGCUGGAUGCCACCUUGGCGCAGAACCACAAUCUUAAGAUACGACUGGAUCGCCUUGAGGCGGAGAGCGACGCGCGGUUGCUAACCGACGGACGCAGUGGCGCCACCUUCCCCGGUGGCGGCUCCCAACUCCCCCAAAUGUCCCACGGAUUCGCCCGUCUCCACCUCAUUGACACCUCUCUUCCAUCGUGGGUGCGAUCGAUUGUGGUCAGUUUGGAUGCCUUCAUGAUCCGUCUGGUGGCGCACCUACGACGUCGACCGCUAAUUCGGCUUCUCCUCAUCGUCUACCUUUUCCUUUUCCACGUCUGGCUGUUUCUGGGCUUGUUCUUCCUCACGCCAUCACCGCCGCCUCAGUGA